CACACAACCUGUUUUCAUCUUUAGAAGAUUCUCUUUAAAACAUCUGUUUUAUCCAGGUUUAAUCUUGUUGAGACAAAAAUAAAAUAAAACAUGAAGAAGUUUCUCCGCGCGUUAGUGUUUGCCCUCGUCCUAGUCUUCGCCGCGUGUUCUUUGGUCGUUAACUGCAUUCGCACGCCGCCACUAAAAACUGCGGUCAAUGGCGGAGAGAAUAAAAACUCCGAGAUGGGACGAACUCAAACGCACCACAAGGUAGGUCAGGAAAUAAAGGAAAAAAGAGGGGUAGAGAUGGAAAUGUAUCCUACGGGAUCGAGUUUACCCGAUUGUUCCUACGCAUGUGGCGCAUGCUCGCCGUGUAAACGCGUGAUGAUUAGCUUUCAGUGCUCCGCCGAAUCAUGCAGCGUCAUCUACAGAUGCACGUGCCGAGGAAGAUACUAUCACGUGCCAUCUAGGGCUUGAAUCUCUACCGUUUAUCUACUUUUUCUUGUGUGUGUGGCAACCGGCAAAUAUCAGUUUUGGCGGGUGGCGGCAAAACUAUCUACAAUGUUUUUGUACAAUUUUGUUGAAAUUUUAAUUACGCUAUGGGCCCUCCUACAAUUAAUAUUGGGCUUUCUAAGGCUUCUUCUAUGCGCGUAAUGAGACGACCGAAUCAGAUGCUUGAAGCAAAGUCAAAUGUUUCGGCCAUUUUUUUUAAUAACUGCAAGAUGAUUUUUUUUUCCUCGCACCAAGUAGCAUGCAGUAAACUUUUCUUUUACCAUAUGAAGAGUUUUAAAACUUUUUGUCUCCUUUAGUUAAUCUGAUUUGCAUUAAUGAA